AUGGCAAACAGUGAAGCAAUGCCGGAUACCCAAACGGCCACACAAAUGACGCAGGAUACGGCCCUGGAAAGUCAACCGAUCGAGCAUCCCAGCUAUGGCCAGCUGCUGGGAAAGCAUGUGAAAACGAAAAGCCUCGGUACUAAAUAUCCUCUGUUCUACGUAUCUCGUGCUCCGUCUACCAUUUACGAGCUGCGCCGCAGUGAGUUUAAGGUCGGCCGAGAUGAGACGUGCGAUCUUAUGCUGGCCGAGACCAAUCUUCCUGCCUCUAAGUUGUGCCGCGUUUCAAAGGUACACUUCACGAUCAGGAAGGAUCUGAACGAUAUCACGAGUCCCACAUACAUACAUGACCAUUCGCGCAACGGUACGUACGUAAAUGGUAGACUCAUAGGCGCAAACAAAUGCAUGAUCCUGAAGCACGACGAUGUAAUCUCAAUCGCCGGUGUUAAUAUCCGUGCGUUCGUGUAUUACGAUCUGCGGCACAACGUUUUAGUGGAUAUCAAAGCGAAAGAGCUGCUCGAUCGGUAUCACAUCGGCCGGAAGCUUGGUUCGGGUGCGUGUGGCACGGUUUAUCUGCUGCAUGAUACCGUUUCCUGCCAACCGUACGCCAUGAAGCACGUUGCGAAAGAUCCACUAAAUGAGCGUAGCCGGCCAAAGUUCCUACACGAUCCGUUGCGGGUAAUGAAUGAGGUUAACAUAAUGAAAAACCUUGACCAUCCCUGCGUGAUCAAAAUGCACGACAUCGUGGAUAAACCGGACUCGGUGUAUAUGGUGCUGGAAUACAUGAAGGGUGGUGAUCUGCUCUCGCGCAUUAUCGAGAACAAAUAUUUGCCGGAAAAGACGGCCAAACUGUUCUUUCUCCAGAUGUGCCAUGCCGUAAAGUACCUGCACGAGCAAGGGAUAACCCACCGUGACUUGAAACCAGACAAUAUCCUGCUCGAGGAUGAGAAUGAGUACACGCUACUAAAAGUAUCCGACUUUGGGCUGAGCAAGUUUGUACGCAAAAACUCGGUCAUGCGUACCAUCUGCGGAACACCACUGUACGUAGCGCCGGAAGUGCUUCAAACCGGUGGACGUGGUUCGUACACCCGUAAAGUAGAUAUCUGGAGCCUGGGGGUCGUACUAUUCACGAUGCUGAGCGGUACGCUACCCUUUUCCGACGAUUACGGAUCCCCGGCGGUGGAGCAGAUCAAGCGGGCAAACUUUCAGAUGCGUCACACCGUGUGGAAGAAAGUGUCACCGCUAGCAAAGAAGCUGAUCUACGAAAUUUUGAGUGUAAAUCCCAACUCACGCCCCACGAUCGAACAGCUGCUCCGUAGUACCUGGUUGCGCGAUCCCGACGUUGUACGCCGGGCAGAACGGUUGAUGAAGAUACCGUUGACGGCAGCAGAACCCCAGCGAAACACAGCAUCGGACGUGGAGAACAACAACAUGAGCCCGGUCAGCAGCUUUGCCCCACCGAGCAAGCGGAAACGUUUAUAG